AUGUCAGACUUGUUACUAUCGAAGCCUCUUCAGCUACCAUGUGGCCUCACGCUGCCCAACCGCAUUGUCAAGGCAGCUCUCGCUGAGGAAAUGGCCGAUCGUCAAAGCCUCCCUACGACAGCACAGCUGCAACGCGCAUAUGGUGCCUGGGCCGAGGGCGGCUGGGGCAUGAUCCUAACUGGAAAUGUUCAAGUUGACGAUACCUACCUUGGUGGAUUCGGCGAUUGUGCUAUGAGCGACACCCUCCCCGAGGAAAAGAUUCUCGAGGCGUAUAAGGCAUAUGCUGGGAUUUGUCGACGAAACGGAACACCGGCUAUUAUGCAGAUCAACCAUCCUGGCCGACAAUCGCCUCUGGGAGCGGGUAAGAAAUCGUAUAUGGCGAAGAAUAUCGCCCCGAGCGCUGUGCAGCUUCAUAUGGGUGAUGAUAUUAUUUCAAAGAUCAUCACGACUGUCGUGUUUGGCACACCAAAGGAGAUGUCCGUUGCAGACAUUGAAGAUGUUAUUCAGCGCUUCGCCAAAACAGCACGUAUUGCAGCAGAAGCUGGUUUCGACGGUGUGGAAAUCCAUGCUGCACAUGGAUACUUACUCUCUCAGUUCCUGUCAGAGAAGAGUAAUAAGCGAACUGACAAGUAUGGAGGAACACCCGCAAACAGAGCAAAGAUCAUCGUCGAUAUCACAAAAGCAAUUCGUGCUGCGACACCAGCGAGCUUUUGCGUUGGUCUCAAGUUUAACUCUGCGGACCAUCAAUCCCCCAAGGAACUCCAAGAAUGUCUAGAGCAAAUCUCUCUCAUCGCCGAAGUUGGUCUGGACUUUUUGGAAGUCAGCGGCGGAAGUUAUGAAAACCCAACUAUGUUCACAGGAACCGGAGAGAAGAAAUCAGCAAGCACAGCCGCACGAGAAUCAUUCUUCCUCGAAUUCGCCCGCGAGAUGCGUGCCAAGCUCCCCAACGUGCCGUUGAUGGUAACAGGAGGAUUCCGAACGCGCGCUGGCAUGGAGGCAGCAUUAGCCGAAGGCGCUUGCGAUCUCAUCGGUCUCGGCAGACCUUCCAUUAUCAACCCAUCUUUGCCAGCAAACACUAUCUUGAACAAGGAGGUCAAGACGGAGGAUGCCACGCUCUUUGCACGAAGGAUUGAGACGCCGUGGAUUCUUAAGCGCUUUGGGCCUAAGAGUGUUGGAUCUGGAGUUGAAAUUACUUGGUAUAGAAAGCAGAUGCAGGCUAUUGGGAAGUGA